UCAUCUCCCAUAAACAUGAACAUCCAGCUCUUAAGUGACCUCUAUCUCGAAUGCGAGCGUCCAAAUGCCAAGCCUGGCAAGGAGUUCUACCACUAUGAGUUCCCUGUGGCGGCCCAGUACCUGGCCCUCCUCGGCGAUGUUGGGUGCACUUUCCAGGAUGAAAUGUUCGUCUGGUUGCGCGACCAGCUCCCGAAGUUCAAGAUGAUCUUCUUCGUAGCCGGAAACCAUGAGCCAUACCGUUCAACCGUCCCAGAAUCUCAUGCUCGCCUGCGUGCAUUUGAGGCCGAAUCUAAUGGUCGAUUCGUCUUCCUGAACCGAACGCGCUACGACCUUACCCCAACGCUCACGAUCCUUGGCUGCACCCUGUGGGCUGCGCUUGACUCAGAGUAUCUCGACAUCCUCUCGUGGGCGCUGCAAGACUUCAAGCGCAUCGACGGUUUCACCCCUGAGGCCUUCAUCGCCGAGCACCGUGCAGACGUCGCAUGGCUCAACACAACAGUCACGCAGAUUGCAGCGCAGGAGCCUCGGCGGAAGGUCCUUGUGCUUACACAUCACGCUCCGACAAUCGGGGGAACGAGCGACUUGAAGUUCGUCGGGCAGGACAACCCGACAAACUCGGCGUUUGCGAGCGAGCUUACGGGCGAGCCAUGCUGGACGGCGGGAAAUGUAACGCUGUGGAUGUUCGGUCAUACGCAUUGGUGCUGUGAUUUUAUGAAAGCAGGAGUCAGGGUGGUGAGUAACCAGCGCGGAUAUCGCGAAGGGAGCGAAGGCUACAGUCUUACGAAAGUAAUCGCUUUGGAGGACUAAGACAGUACUGGCAGAAGGUCAUACAAUCAUAACACUGCGGGGAUGCAGCGCUUUAUGUUAUACAGGGAAAAUGUUACACC